GCUGGUAUCAGAGCUCUAAGAAGCGGAGCUGAACAAGCGGAAAACACGGUCGGAAGCCGCCGCCGCCGCCGCCGCCGCCGGCCGCACGCGAUCUCGAAAUUCAGCCACAUGGCAGGCCACCGGCGGAGGAGGGAGCGACCUUAGGAUCAAAAGCCAAAGAACCCGCGCUUCUCCGCCACCUAUCGCGGGCACCGGACGAACAGAAGGUUGCAUCUUGAACCCCAUUCGAUCCGCAACCGUCGCCUCGCCGGCCGCGGCGGCGGGGGAAUACCUCCAACCUUCUUUUUUUCCGCAACCCAUGUCCCGCUCGUCCGUUGCUCGCAUGAUUUCGGUCUCGAUCACCUCCAGAGUCCACAAAUUUUCGACCUUGCAGCCGUCCGCAGCCUCCGCCGCCGAGAAAUUUUACUCUCGCGUUCGGCAAAAUGGGGGCAACAUCGAGAAAGCCCUCGCCGCCGUCCGAGCCCAUCUCGACCCUUCGUGCGUCGGUGAAGUGUUGACCAGGUGCUCCACUGAACAAUCUCUUUUGGGUCUGAGGUUCUUCGUGUGGUCUGGUCUUCAGCCGGGUUACCGGCACAGCUCUUACAUGUAUGCUAAAGCUUGCGAAAUCUUUGAAAUUAGACGAAACCCGCGAGUCAUUCGGGAUGUUAUCGAGUCUUACGGUGUUGAGGAGUGUCCACUUAGUGUCAAGGCGGUUAAGGUAGUUUUGAAUUUGUGCAAGGAAGCCAAGCUUGCUGAGGAAGCCUUAUGGGUGCUCAGAAAGAUGCCCGAAUUCAAUCUGAGGGCCGAUACGACGGCUCACAAUAUUGUUAUUAAGUUGUUCUGUCAAAAGGAGGAUAUGGAUAGUGCAGAAAAAUUGAUGAGAGAGAUGAGCGAGGUCGGCCUGUACUCUGAUAUGAUCACCUUUGUGGAGAUGGUUAAAGGGUUUUGCAAUGUGGGUAGGUUGGAAAAUGCUUACCAGCUGAUCAAGCUUAUGAGGGGACAUGGCUGUGUACCGAACGUGGUGGUUUACUCGGCUCUUCUUGAUGGUGUGUGUAGGAAUGGAAAUAUGGAUAGGACAUUGGAAUUAUUGACGGAGAUGGAGAAAGAUGGCGGUCAUUGCAGUCCAAAUGUGGUUACUUAUACUUCAGUUAUUCAGAGCUUUUGUAACCGUGGUUUGACGAAGGAGGCACUGGGAAUAUUGGAUAGAAUGAUAGCUUGUGGUUGUGCCCCUAACAGAGUUACAGUUGCUGCUCUACUUGAGGGCCUUUGCAAGAAAGGCCAAUUGGAGGAGGCUUAUAAGUUGAUUGAUAAAGUUGUCUCAGAAGGUUCUGUUCCAAAUGGGGAGUGUUAUAGUUCUAUGGUGGUGUCUCUGAUGAGAUACAAAUUUUUUGAUGAGGCAGUAAUGCUUUUUAAAAGAUUGUUGGAUUGUGGGUUGAAACCUGAUGGUUUGGCUUCUAGCCUUAUCAUAAAGGAGCUUUGUACUGAGGGAAGGGGGUUGGACGGAUUUCAAUUUUUUGAUGAGAUUGAGAAAAUGGGGUGCUUGCUUUCAAUUGAUUCUGAUGUGUAUUCUGUUCUUUUACACUGGCUUUGUCUGCAUAACCAUAUGAUUGAGGCUACCAAGGUUACGAGGACGAUGCUUGAUAAAGGUGUACGCCUGCAAGCUUUAUAUGCUGAUGACAUAGUCAAACAUCUGCAGAAAUGUGGUGACAAUGAGCUUGUAUCUCUCUUGAGUGAGAGAUUAAGGUGAUCUGCAGAACAGGAAGUCCAGUGUAUUAAAUGCUAAAUUAGAUUGCUUGUUACAAAGGUGCGCGAGGACUAGGCGACUAGCUGUCUAAUUGUGCAUAGAAUGGGAUUGAAAAGUCCAGAAGAUGUUUGCAAAUCAUGGAACUGACCAUCAUAACGUCCCUUUCAUAUGUUUAUGCUUCCAGGCAGUUCAAGCUCCUAUUGAUGAUGGUUCUGCCUGUUAUGUAUCGACCUUCUUUCUGAGCAUUCUGGAGCAAACGCUCUUGAACCUUUCAGAGUUCAAGUAUCGGCCAAUUGCAACUUUUCUUGACUCUUGACCACUGGAAUUCUCGUCCUCCGUGGAUCGUGUCCCCCGGAUAGGAAAUUUCCGCUUACUUUGAAACUCCUCGGACAGCUCAUGCAUGACGAUUCAGGACGAUCGGCCAUCUGAUUGGAUCCUUGUGCCUGUUGAUUCCAUCAUCUUCUUUGCUCAUUGGUUGGUAGAUGAAAGUAGUGGUUUGAGUGUCGCUGGUCUUAACCCAAAUUUGCAACCGUUCAUCCAUUGAGUGGAUGUUUGACACUAUGAAAAGCAGCUCGAUCGUCACAGCUGAAAGGGGAUGUUUAGUGGGGUUGUUGUAACAACACAUCAAUGACCCAUUUGCUUACUACAUGCUCUCUCCCCCUCUCUCUCUCUCUACAUUAACUUUGGUGAUGUAAAGUUGAACUUGGAAGCAUGAAUUUUUCCCGUUGACGAUUUGCCUC